AUGGCGGAGGCUGGGGUCUUACCGGACUCCUCUGACAGCGACCCGGACCACGAGCCCGGAUCCCCGCAUAAACUCACGCGGAAAGUCUCCACCUCGGGCCAGAUCCGGAGCAAGACGGUGUUGAAAGAGGGAACUCUUCUCAAACAGACAAACUCUUUCCAGCGUUGGAAACGGCGCUACUUUAAGCUUAGAGGACGCACACUGUACUACGCCCAGACGGCCAAGUCGAUUAUCUUUGAUGAAGUGGAUCUGAGUGACGCCUCUGUGGCCGAGUCCAGCACCAAGAACAUCAACAGCAGCUUCACUGUCAUCACUCCUUGUCGGCGUCUGAUCCUCUGUGCUGACAGUCGUAGAGAGAUGGAGGAGUGGAUCUCUGCUCUGCGCAGCGUUCAGAGCCGAGACAACUAUGAGACCUCUCUCAGUGUGGAUCACUUCAGUGGAAUGCAUAACUGGUUCGCCUGUUCUCACGCUCGCCCCACGUACUGCAACGUCUGCAGAGAAGUUCUGUCCGGAGUGACGUCACACGGCCUCUCUUGUGAAGUGUGUAAGUUUAAAGCUCACAAACGCUGCGCCGUCAGAGCCACAAACAACUGUAAGUGGACGACGCUGUCAUCGGUUGGAAAAGACAUCAUCGAAGACGAGGAUGGGGUGUGGAUGCCUCACCAGUGGACAGAAGGGAAUCUUCCAGUUUCUGCAAAAUGCUGCGUUUGUGAUAAAACCUGUGGAAGUGUCUUGAGACUCCAGGAUCUGAGGUGUCUGUGGUGUAAGAGUAUGGUGCACUCUGGUUGUCAGGAACAGCUCUCCCAGAAGUGUCCUCUGGGUCAGUGUAAAGUCUCUGUGAUUCCACCAACUGCUCUGAACUCCAUCGACUCUGACGGGUUCUGGAAGGCCUCCUGCCCCCCCUCCUGCACCUCCCCUCUCCUGGUCUUUGUAAACUCUAAAAGUGGAGACAACCAGGGAGUGAAGUUUCUGCGACGCUUCAAACAACUGCUGAACCCAGCGCAGGUUUUCGACCUGAUGAACGGAGGACCUCACCUCGGUCUGAGGUUGUUCCAGAGGUUCUCCAACUUCAGGAUACUGGUGUGUGGAGGAGAUGGCAGUGUAGGCUGGGUCCUGUCUGAGAUUGACGCUCUGAUGCUGCACAAGCAGUGCCAGCUGGGGGUGCUACCCCUCGGGACGGGGAACGACCUGGCCCGGGUGCUGGGAUGGGGCGCGGCCUGCGACGACGACACACAGUUGCCUCAGAUACUGGAGAAACUGGAGAGAGCAAGCACCAAGAUGCUGGACCGGUGGAGUAUCAUGGUCUACGAGACCAAGUUGCCUCGACAACACUCUGCAUCUGCAGUCGCUGAAGAGGACGACUCAGAGGUGCAGCAGAUUCUCACGUAUGAAGACUCCGUCGCAGCUCAUUUGUCCAAAAUUCUGACGUCUGACCAACACUCUGUGGUCAUCUCCUCCGCAAAGGUGCUGUGUGAGACGGUGAAGGACUUUGUGGCUCGUGUGGGAAAAGCCUAUGAGAGAAACAGUGAGAGCUCAGCGGAGUCUGAGGCCAUGACCAAGAAGUGUUCUGUUCUGAAGGAGAAGUUGGACUCUCUGCUAAAGACCCUGAGUGAGGAGUCCCGCGCCUCCUCCAUUCCCCGUGCCUCCCCUGCCCCCCCUCAUCCUCUAGCCCCUCCUCCCACCAUCACAGAGGAGCAGGAAGUGGGCGGAGUCCUGCUGGUCACCACGCCCCCUCCUCACCCCGCCCCCUGCUCCUCCCCCCCUCGUUCCAGUCCCGCGUCGGCCAUCUUUAAACCGCGGGAACAAUUGAUGCUAAGAGCUAACAGCCUGAAGAAGGCUCUGAGACAGAUCAUCGAGCAGACGGAGAGAGCGGUGGACGAGCAGAAUGCACAGGGAUUCUGUCUGGACCCACAGGAACCCAGCCAGGACUUAAACCAGGAACCAAAUCAGGACCCAAACCAGGGCCAAAACCAGGGCUUGGGUCUUCCCCUGAGUUCGGGUAUAGACCUAGACUUUGUGCUGAAGGAGGAAGAAGAGGAUGAACUGAGUCAGCCGUCUCAGUUCAGCUGCAGGAAACUUCCCCACCACAGAGCCAGAGCUCCCUGUGAGAAGCUCAUCUUCAAAGGAAGUGCACCUCUGGGCUCAUCGCCACUUCCUGUUCAGACAGGAAGUAAUGACUUCAUUUCCCUCGACCCCAAGAUCCUGUAUCCAGAUCUGGCUGGGUCUCUGUCCUCUGCCUCCAUCAUCAGUCGUUUGUUUGUGAACGCAGACCCUGACAACCUGUGA